UUUAUUCGUCUUUAUCAGUAUCACGCGACUCAUUAAACAAUUCGCAGUCAUGGACACAACAGAAAAGACAUUCCGCGAUUUGUUGGAGAAAGUUGCAAAAGAGCAAAAUUAUAAAGAGUAUUGGCUAAGAGUUACGCCCGUAUCAACUGGUGGAGCUAAUUUUUCAUCAACGUUGUAUAAAGGCACUAUUUCAGCACCAAAGAGAGAUACUUUGAAGGUGUUUGGUAAAGUUGUGAUAGUAAGUGCCAAGCUCCGUGAAGAAAUGGGAGGCUCAGCCUUCGACGUCGAACGCAUUGCAUAUACGGAACUACUGAAAAUUUACGAACAGAUUGAAUUGAAACAUAACAUACCAGAUGAAGACAGACUGGUAUUUUGCAAAUACUACGGCUGCAAUGCAAAUGAAUUUGAAGAAACAAUAAUUUUGGAAGAUUUAACAGCUAAGGGAUUCACUCUACAUGACAGAAUGAAAUCGGUAGAUUGGCCUUAUGCUUCUAAGGCUAUAGAAGUGUUAGCGAAAUUUCAUGCUCUCUCUAUGUGUUAUGCAGAAGAAUAUCCAGACAAUUUUGAAAGGCACAGUAAAGAGCUUUCUUCUAUAUUAGGUAAAAUAUCAGAUGUAUAUAACAAAGGUCUGCGGGCAACAUUACCGCUUAGCACAUCAGUUAUAAAGGAAGAGAACAAAGCUAGAUUCGAAGCGUUCUUUGCUAAUGAAGAUAAAGUCAAUUUUGAACAAAUGUUUACGCCUGUCCGAAAAUCUGUGAUUAUGCACGGGGAUUACAGGCCUAGUAAUUUGAUGCAUCGAAAUAAUAAGGAUGGCAGCGUGGACGUGAUCGCCUUGGAUCUGCAGACCCUUCAGCCAUGUUCAGGAGUUAUAGACCUACUCUACUUCAUCUUCAUGGCCACGGAUCAGGAAUUCCGUAAACAGUACUACACUAAGCUCGUGGACCAUUAUUACGCCACGCUCAGUCGCAUGCUGAGGGCAUAUGGUCUCAACCCUGAUAAAGUCUAUUCGAGGGGAGAUUUUGACUUCGAGCUUAAGGAGAGAUUGCACUUCGGCCUGGUUAUUGCCACCUUCGGCUUGCCCAUAGUGACUGUUGAAAGCGAAGACGCUCCAAAUUUCGCAGAAGAAGGUGCUUCCAUGGACAGCUUUAUGGUGAAGACCGGGAAGAACCUCCCGGCGAGAAUCAAUGGAGUUGUGGAUGACUUUAUAGCUUGGGGACUGCUUUAAAAUGUUCCCCGUUUAAUGUCGUGUAGUUAGUUUUGUGGUGUAUUAACUAAGAAUCUACUCGUAUACUAAUAUUAAAAAGCUGAAGAGUUUGUUUGUUUUAACGCGCUAAUCUCAGGAACUACUGGUUCGAAUUGAAAAAUUCUUUUUGGAUUGAAUAGACCAUUUAUCGAGGAAGGCUUUAGGCUAUAUAACAUCACGCUGCAACUAUAAGGAGCAAAGAAAUAAUGGAAAAUGUGAAAUAAAAACGGGCAAAAUUAUUCCUUAUAUAUAUGUAUAUCCUUGAGGGCUUCAAUGA